UCUCAGGCACAGGCCCAGGGGCCCGCAUUGCGUUUGUUAGCAAAAUGUUAUUCUUGAAGAGACAAGUACCGACCAGGAAGAGACUCAAAAUGACUUCAUAGAUGCAAAACAACUUCAAAGAGACCUAAAAUGACCACAAAAAGAUAAAGAAGAAUACAUAUAUGCAAAGCAACUACAAAGACACACAGAACAACUUCAGAGAUGCAGAGCGACUACGAAAUGACCACAAAGACUCAAAAUGACCAGAGAUGCAAAGCAUCUACAAAGAAUCUCAGAAUGACUACAAAGACUCAAGAUGAUUACAAUGAGACACAAAACGACUUCACAGAUGCAAAGCAACUACAAAGAGACAUAAAAUGACCACAAAGAAAUAAAAAAAAGGAAUACAUAGAUGGAAAGCAACUACAAAGAGACUCAAGAUGACUACAAGGAGACUCAAAACGACCACAAAGACACAUAGAAUGGCCGCAAAGAAGUAAAAAAAGGAAUCCAUAGAUGCAAAGCAAGUACAAAGAGACUCAAACCGACUUCAGAGAAACUACAGGGACACAAAACAACUUCAGAGAUGCAAAGCAAUUACAAAGAGACUCAAAAUGACCACAAAGAGACAAAUGACUACAAAGAGACUCAAAAUGAUUUCUGAGAUGCAAAGAAUCUACAAAGAGUUUCAGAAUGACUACAAAGACUCAAGAUGAUCACAAUCAGACACAAAACUGCUUCACAGAUGCAAAGCAGCAGCAAAGAGACUCAAAAUGACCUUGAAGAAAUGCAAAUGACCACAAAUAGACACAGAAUGACCACAAAGACUCAAAAAAUAAUCAUAAACAGAGACAAAAUGGCCUCACAGAUGCAAAGCAACUACACAGAAACUUGAAAUGACCACAAAGAGACACAAAACGGCUACAGAGAGAUUUAAAAUGACCACAAAGACACACAAAAGAUUUAAGAGAUGCAAAGCCUGUGUGUCUUGCUCCUAUGAAGGAGAGAUCUCAGGGCCUUCUGCAUGUCUCAGCCAAGGGGCCCAAAGUGUCACAGUCAAGGUUGGAAAGCAAAAAGAUUCUUAUUUAAACAAUGAACAGACACUCUACAACAUGGAGGGUUGAAGUUAUUUCCCAUUUUGAUUUUUCUCCAGUCUUUUAUUUUGGAGCAAGGCUACAAAAGCAGGCUAAAAUUCAAUUAAGACUCAUGGAAGUCAAAAUAAAUUGGCACACUAAAAUCAUGACAAACUACAUGUUUCCACCCAGAGGAACACUUGAAUGACUUUGAUGGUUAAAAAAAAACAAGCCAGAUGCGCUCUGAUUUCCUUUAUCACUGGAGUGCAGUCUCUUGAAGCUACUGUAUGCGACACUUAAUAGUUACCAGGUCUUUGAACCCUAGUUUCUGCUUCCUGCCCAAACCCAAAGAGCUGAAUCUGUCCCAGCCGGCCUGUCUGAUAGCCCUCAUCAUCUUCUUCAGUGGGUACUCUGAAGUCAUGAUGCCACCCAACCCCCCCGCUGACUUUCAGACUGCCUAAUGGGAAGCGUGCGGCUGCUUUGGGGGGGUCCCAUCAUUAGAAAGUGUCUCACCCUGAACCCCAGCUCCAGUCUUUGCCUCUGCUACCAGUAGCGGCCUGGCAGUUUGUUCCCGUCUGUCACCAGCCCCGUGCUAUAAAGCCAGUGUUAUCUGCAGUGUUAAGUGCAGGCCACAGACGUAGGGUCAGCUUAAUGUGAGGCAGCAGAGACACCCUGUCCCGCCUGGCCCCGCCGCACACAGGAAGCAGGGCUGUGCUGGGUCCCUCUGUCUGGCCCCAGAGCCUUGCUUCGGCCAGCAGCACAGGCGCUAAUGCAAGGAGACACUCGACCAAAUGACUCUCUAAUUUCCCCUCAGGACUCAAACGAUCCCACUGGCCCUUGAGAAUCAGACUGAGGAUUUGUUCGGAGUGAUUUGUUUUGUCUUGUCCCCCCUAUCCCUGUGCAAUUCCCUCUCAAGUUCUAGUUCUCUGCUCCUAGCGUUGUUGUGGCCACUAAAUUGGGUAUUUGAAAAAAGACGCGUUAAAGGAGCACGAGCCCUCAGAGGAUAGAACCUGUGGCUACAAAACUUGUGCAAAAGUGUUGGAAAAGAAAGCAACAAUCCCUCUUUUCCCUGCACUGAAACACAGGCAAACUUUAAUCUGUAGUUUUCCAUGAAAAAGCGACUCCUGUAGGAUGAGUGGCAGCCAUGUUUUGUGAUGCCCAUAUAAUCUGUUCAUCUGCUAAAGGAACUAAUUUUGUGAGUGACCGAGCUUCUCAGCUUCUCAGUGCGUCACGUUUACAGACCUGUAGCUUAAUUCCCUUCCAACAGGGGUUUAAUGGAGUGACUAACACACACGCAGCUAAAGCCCUUUGAAUACAAACUGCCAUCGCUGACUGCCUGAGAAAUCUGUUGAGAAAUUAAACAAUGAUGCAUCAAGCUGGUUUCACUGCUGAGAUCUCAAUGAUAAUGACAUUGAGGUUUAUAGUCUGAUGCUGUGCUCAGGCUGUUGUGUUUAACUUCAUGGUGCCUCAUGAAACAUAACACACUUAUAAUGCACUUAAAAUAUGCAUCCAUUUUUACAAUGUCUACCUUCCCAAUGUGUGGUAUUAUUUUUACUGACCAGGGACAGUUCACCUCAAAAUCAAAAAUACACAUUUUUCCUCUUACCUGUAGUGCUGUUUAUCCAUUUAGACUGUUUUGGUGUGAGUUGUAGAGUGUUUGAGGUAUUGGCUGUAGAGAUGUCUGCCUUCUCUUGAAUGUAGUAUAUUGCAACUAGAUGGCACUCAGCUUGUGGUGCUCAAAGUGCCAAAAAACAUACAUUUGAAAAACUCAACAGCAAUGUCUCUUUCCAGAAAUCAUGACCUGGUUACUCAAGAUAAUCCACAGACUUUGUUGUGAGCAGUUUCAUGUAGGAACUAUUUUCUUUCUACAGAACUGCAUCCACCAUCUGUAUCACAGAGGGAUGAGUGCAUCUACUGCUAGCUCACCUAGCACCACGAAGCUAGCAACCCGGUCUCACCCAGAGUUGACGACAUCCGGCACUUGGGUUGUGACUUGCGAUGUUUGACACAGACAAAAAAAAAAAAGCCACCCUUAGAUGUAGGUAUGAUACGCGGCCGGUAGCCAUUAUAGUUUAACAUCACAGAGUGGUGGGUGGGUCAAGCAAACCCUGACUUUCACCCGGUAGAGAGGUGUUUGUGUCCCGUGAAUUUAUAAAGCCAAAGCCACAUCAGCGUAUAUAAACAUUAAAUUUCCUGUGAAAACGGAAGUGUAUCUUGAAAAAAGACAAUGCAUGAAACAGGCAGAACUUGACACGGUGUCCCACAGUGUCAAGUUUCAGGCGGUGGUGUAGUGCUAGUUGUUGAGAUGGAUGUACCAACAGGUAGAUAGGUAGGUUACUGGGGAGGAAAUGGGUAUACUCUACUAUAUAUUUCAGUGGCUUUUUGGUUGAUAGGUGGGUAUAACCUGUAUACCCUGACUAUACCCUCCACUACACCACUUGUUACAGGUGUCUAUGCGUUGUUAGCUGUUGGACCAGAGUUCCUAUUCGGACUUCUCACAUGUUUCAUAUAAAUAACAGUUCAAGUUAUCUAAUGGGUUAAUACUGGUAUAGUGGGACAAUCGGUAAAAUGGGACAGUUAAGCUUAUUAAUUUUCAUCUUUUCAUGUAUAUAGCAUAUUUCCAUUAGGCCUACUAAAAAAUCAACACUUAGCUUAUCAUUAGCAAGUACGUGAUUAAAGAAUAUAGGUUCUGUGGCUAUGACAUCACUUCCAGGGUCGUGACACACCAUAUUCAGCAACCUUGCAGUGAAUUGUGGUGACAAGUAAAAUGACAUGGCUUUUUGAGGAAAAUAAUGUUAAGUGUUAUUAAAAAAUAAAAAAUAGAAAAAUGAUGGAUAGCUUGUAAUUGUUAGUUAUUUUGUUAUGGGAUGUCAUUGUGAAUCAGAAUUUUUUUUAAAAAAUCCCAUUUAUAAUAAUCUUCUUUUUAUAAAAAUGUGAUUUUGACAAUGUCCCAGUUUGCCAAUGGCGUAUUGUUAAACUGGAACAGUGUGUUACUGGCAAAGUGGGGCAGCCAUUCAAGUCAUUCUAAUGGGGGACUUGACUUCUCUUUUUAUGUGCCCCUCAUACAUUUAGCAAGCUAGAUAUUUCAACAAGGAUUUACUUAACACUUAACCAGACAUGACAUGAUGAUGAAGAAUGUGUUUGAGGUGUCCAAGUUUGCCAAUAAAGGUGUCCCACUUUGACAGGUACCUCGGGUAAAAUGUGGUUUGGGGUCACUGUGUGUAUGAGGAAGAGUCAUCCAUACUGUCUUUAAAAUGUCUUUCGUAUAGUAGAGCUCUGAAGCUAUUUAGAAUUAUAUCAUAUGAAGGGCUAAAACAUGUGUACCAUAAUUGGAAAUGAUGCAGAAUGUAAAUUAUCAUAAAGUGUCCCACUCAACUAGUAUUUGCUCUUUUUCACACACAUUUGGAAAAAAAAAAGAAUUGAGGAAAGUCCAAAACAUCUUCUUUUCUCUCCCAUUAAUCAUCUCAUGGCCCCUCAGAUGUAUCUGAUGACCCUUUGGAGGGCCCGACCCUUGGGUUGAGAGCCAACUGUGUAUUAAGUAGUCAAAAUUAGCUCUACCUUGAGCAGCCAGUUUUACUUUUGAUGCCUCAGUCAGGUCAGUUAAUAAAUCUUCCAUACUUUUUCUUAAGUAUAUAUAUAUAUAUAUAUAUAUAUAUAUAUAUAUAUACAUAUAUAUAUGUCCUUCUCAUCUCAGGUUGUGUUUGUUAAUGUUUUAAUCAAAGCUGUUGCCAUGACAAUUAACUAAUUGAUAAUUACUAGUCACACAAGACUUCAGGCUUCCCCUCAUCUGUUUAUCUGAAGAGCUCCAACUGUCCUCAAUAAACAGCACAGCAAAUGUUUCCUGAGCGUCAGUGCCAGGUAUGACUGGUCACUUCAUUUUCUUAUUUAAUAAACACAAUAUUUGCGCAGGAUACGGUUCAACACAUGUAAGCAAUAGAACUGAAAUGAUUCGCUAAUUACGCAUGUGACACAUCACAUUUUUAACACUUGUAUAUUAAUAACACAUCUUGGUCACUUCAAGUGGCAGAAUCGGAUCCUGCGUCCGAUCCGACGGCUUAUUUUUAGGGCGCACAUCACUAAAUAUAACCCGCCUCUCUCCGUGCUCUGUCAUCGCGUCACAACAUGUAACAUGAUCCCGGUUUGUUUUGUUUUUUUCUUCCCCGCCGGCUGAGAUGGAUGACUGGUGUCGGGUUCUGGGGCUAUAAAAGGAGGGACGAGCUCGAGGGGCUCCACACUCAUCAUCCAGAGUCAAACCUGCAGAGGUAGAAGAGAUAGAGUCCUCAGAGGAUUAACCUCCUGUCAGUGGGCCUGCUCUGGGUCACAAGUAUUUCAUCAGUUUUUAUUUUUGAUCUCAUUUUUUUUUUUUUACACCUCUGGGUAAACCUGUAUGUUUCACCUCAGCUGGCUACACCAUCAAAAUGACUUUUUGGUGCAACUCCUGCAGAUGUCAUGUAAAGUCUCCGUGCACCUCUCAUCAUGUGCCCGAGGAUCACCACGGCGCCUCCUGCAGAAGGUUCAGAUCCACCAAAGGAGCAUCCAAAGCCCGACGGGACCACAUCAAUCAUGAGAUCAGGAAUAUGCGCGCCCUGUUGCCCAUCACACAGGAGGACCAGGAGCGUCUUUCCUACCUGCACUCCAUGGCUGCCAUCUGCGCCUACAUCAGGAAGUCUGUUCUCUUCCAGGGUCUUCCAGCCGGAGAGAGAUCACACUGCUCUCUGCCAUACGAGGCCUUUCUUCAAGCCCUGCACGGCUUCAUCCUGGUCACUACCGCCCAGGGGAGGCUGGUGUAUGUGUCCGAAAAUGUAGCUGAAUAUCUCGGCCUUUCAAUGAUAGAUGUGCUUCAAGGAGACACUUUCUUCGACAUGGUGGAACAGUCAGACGUUGAUAUUGUUAAAUCAAACCUGGUUAUUGAAAACAACUCAUCAUCAGAGAGGAGCUUUAUAUGCUGUAUGCAAACCUCCAAGGCCUUCAAGCUGCAACACGGCAGCUGCUGUUCCAUGAUGGUCAGAGGGAGCUUCCAGUCUUUCCCUCAGCCUCUCCCAUCCUCCUCUUCAGCCUGUCCCACCAACCAGCCUCUGUUUUUGGCCCUCUGCACCCCCACGGUCAACCGUCUGUGGAGCUCGGACUCCCACUUCUGUCACAGCUUCAGCAGUGUCCACAGACUCGACAUGACCUUCACUCAGCUGUCGGACAGUGUUUUAUAUUUUUUGGGGUACUCGGCAGAAGAAAUGACCGCACGAUCGUGGUACAGUCUCGUCCACCCUGAAGAUCUUUCUCUGAGUGCAGAUUCUCAUAGAAGUUUAAUGCAAGCAGAUGAGGGCUUCCAGGUAGAGAUGGUUCUCAGACUCCAGUGCAAGGAUCUGUCAUGGUGUUGGAUCUACAUUCGAGCUAACAAGGACUCUGAGUGCCGUGGUGUGAGCUGCACUAACUUCAUCAUCAGUGAAACAGAAGCCAGAUAUCUGCGGGAGAAAAUCAGCAGCGAUGCCUUCAGGCCAUCAUCUCUGGCAAAUUCCAGCCAUUUUGCAGGUCAACAGGCGCCCCACGCUCAGAGCCAAAACAACACUAAAUGCUGUAAAAGGCAGAGGACGUCUAACAGCCAAAGUGAGGAGCCAGGUGCCAAAGCUAGGAGGGAGUCGGAGCAAGACAUUUACUAUGCGGCGUGCGCCUCCUCCCACGGCGAUAGCUCCCCUGUUCCCUUGGGUGACAGCCCUGCUCUCUUCACCCCUCCCUACAGCCCGGCCUCCUCCAGCUCCCCUCUGCAACAGGAGGAGCUCAGCCAUGACCUCCUGAUGGAUGUGCAUGGAUACACAGAUCAGCUGCUGUCCUCCCCUGAGUGCUCUCCCUCCUAUUACUCCUACCCAGAGGCAGCUCUCACCUGUCACCAAUCACCCUCUGACUCCCUCCCUGCAGCCGCCGAACAAACCUUUGACCAGGCAGCCCUCGGCGCACUCAGCGCUCGCUCUCCACCUUCCUCCUCAUCUCCAACCUAUGAUUUCCAAGCUUGUUCGGCCGAUGCUCGAUUAGUUCCAGACCGCCUGUCUGUGUCCGACAUGUGUGAGAGCCCAGUAGACUGUGCUCUGCAUCAAGACGACUUCAGCCUCAUAGAGCAGCCACACGGGGGCAGCCUUGUCCAAGUGCAUCAUGUUCCCCAACAUGUGUUGCCCCUACAUUCCAGUCUUCUUACCCCCAACCAAUCUCCCACAUCCACAGAGUCUAACCAUUACAGCGAGAGGGAACAGGCAGAGAUCAGUAUUCUGGCCCAGCAGAUCUCCUCCCUGGCCAGCAGCUUUUCUAUGCAUCACACCCUGAACCCACUUCAAAGCGUGGCCCAACCUGCUCCCACUAACACCCUGCCCUCACCCUGCGACUGGCCACAUCACCCUCGUCACCCCUCAGCCCUUCCUCUAAAGCACGAGAUGGUCCUCGAUGACUGCGUGUUCGACAGCAUCCUGAAAGACCUUGACAUGGUCACAAGGAAAAGCAGCAUGUCCGACCAUGGUGUUGUGCCACACAGCUACCAGCAGGGCUUGUUGUGCUGCAGGAGUGAGAACCAUCAGUUGGGGCAGGAGCCCCUUGGUCUCCCCCUGACCAUCACAGAGGACCCGCUGCCUGUAGAGCAUUUCACUGCAAUGGAUCCCUUCAGUUUGCAGUUGGGACGCCAUGACCAAAACACUGGGUUGCAUCAACUCAACCACUACAUGCAGAGUGGCCUUCAGCAAGAUGGACUUGCUGAAGAAAACCUGUACUGAAAUAAGUCUGUGACUUACUGCACUACCACUUGUAUGACAUAUUGUCAGGGCAAACUUCCCACUGGAUUCAAAGAAUGUGAGCAAAGGCAUUUAAAGGACAUCUUUGCAGAGACACUGUCCUCAAAUGACUUUACCUGAAUGUAGAAAGGCAUCUAAAGUAGAUCAUGUGCUCUUCAGGACUACAGCUUUGUCAUCAUUUCUCAGCACUGCUGUCAACUGUGUUUUUUUUGUUUUGCUGAUGUCUUGUAUUUUAUGAAAAGGGUACUUUUUAACAAAUGCAUCUGACAACACUUACUCACUGAAAUGGAGGUAUAUUUUUCUUCUAAUGCUGAGUGACUGCAGUUUACUAUUGAGCACUUUAUCAAUGUCAUUGCCACAAGAAUUUUAUAAAUGAGAGGGCGUGCUGAUUUAAAGGAGUAUUGCGUAGAUUUCAGAUAAGCUUUAAGACAUGAAUCAUUCCUUAUGACAAAGAGCCAUUUGUAAAUGUUUGGUUUUAGGUGCCUUAAAAACACAAAGGGAAGACACUUAUCAGUUUCCUUAAAAGAAUGUAUAUAUAUUUACACUACUUACGUCUCAUUUUCCUCAAUGUGCCAAUGAUGCUUUCAGUUUGUUCUGAAUAAAGAAAUCAGUCAGCGAGAUGAAGAUUGUUACAUGAACACCUACCUCGAUGGUACAUCUGAAUACAUUCCAAGUCUGAGUUUGAUGAAUUAAUAAUAUUUAUUUUGAACAUCACUCCUUACUCUCACUUCAUAGUUAAAAAUAUUUUUUUUACUUAACUACAAUGUGAAUCUUAAACUUAAUCAUUCCAUAUUUGUUUGUUUUUUUGUUUAUUCAUGGUACUGAUACUGCACGUGUCUGAAUGUUGAAUGAUAUUGUGUUGUUCCUCUA